UCAUGCUGCUGCCAGGUCCAGAGUGUCUCAUGGGUCCCUGUACGGCCUCCCAUUGCUGCUGUCUCCAUCGCCACACUCUGCCAUGUGCCACUUUCAGGUCUCCUCACACUGCUGGUGUGUUCCAUUUUUUGUCAUAGGGUGCUGGCAGAUUACGGGCCUCCUAUAGCUGCUGCCAGGCCCCUAAUCUGCCAUGGGCCCCUGUACCGCCUCCUCAUGCUGCUGCCAGGUCCAGAGUCUCUCAUGGGUCCCUGUACGGCCUCCCAUUGCUGCUGUCUCCAUCGCCACACUCUGCCAUGUGCCACUUUCAGGUCUCCUCACACUGCUGGUGUGUUGAAUUUUUUG